GGUAUUCUUUAAAGGUUGCACUGCGUUCACACUAGAUACAGCAAAAUUGGUUCGUUCGGUUUUUUUUGCUACACAUAGCAUUUAUUUGGUUAAAAACAAACCGCCAAGAGAUCGCGAUUCGCGAAAUAAACUUGAAACCGACAAGAAACUAGCAGACGUUCAAAAUGGCCAUUGCCGAGCAUGACAACGUCUUCAUUUUUGUACCAAAUUUGAUUGGCUAUGCCCGCAUCAUUCUGGCCCUGAUCGCGUUCUGGUUCAUGUCCACCAACUAUGUGAUCUCCGCCUGGUGUUAUGUAACCUCCGCCCUGCUGGACGCCGUGGAUGGACAUGCCGCCCGCGCCUUCAACCAAAGCACUCGCUUUGGGGCCAUGUUGGACCAGUUGACCGACCGCUGCGGCACCACCGGCCUGCUGGUCACCCUGGCCUACUUCUAUCCCCGGUACAUGUUCUGGUUCCAGCUGUCCAUCGCCAUCGACGUGGCCUGUCACUGGCUCUUCAUGCAGACGAGCGUUGUGGUUGGACGCAGCUCGCACAAGGUUAACGAGAACUUUGUGAUGCGGCUGUACUACCAGAAGGACAUCCUCACCUUUAUGUGCUGUGUCAAUGAGCUGUUCUACGUGUGCUUGUACCUCUUGCAUUUCACAUACGGCCCCCUGAUAUUCGGCGCCUCGCUCUUCAAGAUACUCGCCUUCCUUACGGGACCCUUUGCCGUGCUCAAGGCCCUGAUCUCGGUGAUGCAUGCCUACGUGGCGGGCAUUGAUCUGGCCGCCGUGGAUGUGCGCGAGCGACAGGAGAAGCGACAGAAAUCGGAGCCGGUGGCCGGCAAGAAAGUGGAGUAACUCUGAUUCGGACCAUGAUCUUCCACGAUCGCUAGUACUCUUAGCAUAAAGUACUAAAGCGAAAACAACUCUAGAUUCCAAGCAAAACAAAACACGAAAACAAAACGGAAAGCGAUCAGAUAAAAUAGUUAUGGGCAUUAGGCAACCAAAUAGGCCGUAGUAUAUUUUAAAUUAUUUUUAUGCGCUAUUGCAAGAUUGUUGACUUUAUAUUAUAUUUUUAGUUAGACGGGUGACUGCGAGUUCACCCGGAAAAUUGUAUUUAAAUAAUUUUUGAAUUUAAAUUGAAAUUCAAGCAAUUCGUUCCAGUCAGUAGCUGUUGCAUAUUUAUUUUGCCUUUAGUUAAACGUAAUUUACAAUUUCUGUGACGCUUACACCCAAUAUAUAUAUAUAUUUUACAUAUAUUCAGGCCAAUAUAUGCAUGAGUGUCUAUUUCCAGGAUUUAUCUCAUUGUGUACGUUUUUGGUUCGGCUAACGACCCUCACCCAGCAACUUUCUCAAUGUAACUAAUGUAUUUCUAAUCGUAAGUUAAAAGAAUGUAAUUGGAGACCUGCAAGAAAUAUAUGAAAAAUGGAUGUUAGAUGUAUGUAUGUAGGUAUGUGCAAGGCCUGGAUGACUAAGUCAAAAUUAUCGAUGAAAAGUAGAAAUAAAUAUACGUGGUGUUAUGUGCUAAA